AUAGUUAACUGGGCUUUAAGGCUAAGAUUGGCACAUAACUCCUCCUUUGGUCCCUCCUACCUCAACUACUCAGAACUUAGUUCUUGAAAAUCUAAGUGACUUCUGCCUGUUUAGUGGAGCACAAGAAAGCCUCCAGAUCACAGCCUCCAGACCUCCCACAGCUCAGACAGCCUCAGAGGCCGUGUGGGUUCAAGCAUGACAAUGACAUAUGAAAAUUUUCAAGAUGUGGGGAGUGAGGAAAAAACUCAAAGGAUCGACAAAGCCCCUCCCCUUCCUUCUGGCCUGUGGAAUAUUUGCUCAGCAUCCUGCCUCCUCCUCCUGUUCUCCCUGGGUCUCAGCUUCCUGUUGUUGGUGGCUGUCGGUGUCAUUGGAUCUAAAAAUUCCCAGGUACAGGGAGACCUGCUCACCCUGAGGAGGAAUUUCAGUAACUUCACUGCAGGCACAGGGGCUGAUGUCCAGAAACUGACCUCCCAGGGCCACAGCUUCCAAGAACUGAUCAAAUCUCUGAAAGAUGAAGUAGAGGACCACAGGCAGGAAUUGCAAACAGUCCACAGCUUGAACCAGAGCAUGGCUUCCCUGAAGAGCACCCUGAAGAAAAAGGAGGAGGAACUCAAAGCAGAUCAAUCUUCCAUGUUCCUGAAAAUCCAGAAGCUGGUGAAGGAUUUGAAGAUCUUGAGUUGUGAGGUAGUUGACCUAAAAAGAAAUGGCUCUGUGAAGACCUGUUGCCCCCCUAAUUGGCUGGAGUAUGAAGGCAGCUGCUAUUGGUUCUCUCAAUCUGGGAAGUCUUGGUCGGAGGCUGACAAGGACUGCCAGCUGGAGAAUGCACACCUGGUGGUGGUGAACUCCCAGCAGGAGCAGAAUUUUAUCAACAGUCACAUACGUGCUGUGGACACUUGGAUGGGCCUAACCGACCAAAAUGGUCCUUGGAGAUGGGUGGAUGGGACUGACUAUGAGCAAGGCUUCAAGAACUGGAGACCAGAGCAGCCAGAUAACUGGGAAGGGCAUGGGCUGGGCGGUGGUGAGGACUGUGCCCAUUUCUCCUAUGAUGGUCGCUGGAAUGAUGAUGUCUGCCAGAAGCCCUACCGCUGGGUCUGUGAGACAAAGCUGGAGACAGCCAGCUAGGAGCCUCUGCCUCUAAUUUAUUUCUUUAUUGUCUUGAGCCACUGAAGUCUAGGAUUGGGAGGCUUCUUUUCUGGGCAAUCUCUAUAUUCUAAGAAUUUUCCUGUAGAAGUUUAAGAGCAAGGCAACCGAUGGUGUCUAGAAUGUAGGAUGAUGUUCGUUGAUACCUUAUGCAGUGUA